UGGUCAAACUUCAAAAAAUUCGAUCAUGGCUUGUUGUUGUUGUUCGGCUGUAGUAAAUUUCAACCGUUUCAGUACUGAAUUUCUGUUUCAAAAAAAUUUGUCUGCUAUUUUAUGAAAACCCACAGAAAAUCAACCAUAAAGCUGACUCAAUGGCAUCGUUUCUCAAUCGUCCGCUGACGUUGGCCGAGUUCAGCAGCUGGUUGCAAUUGAUUUGCGCUGAAAGCGCCAUGAUUUCACAAACAUCGGAGCAGUUGACAAAACGGGCGAAAAGGAUCUCUAAAGUGAAUGAAAUCCUGGCCCAUCGCAGUCACGAAGCGAGACAAAACACCAAACUAUUAGAGCAGGAAAUCACCGAACAAGAGAAGGCUCGCCAAGCGGUUCGGGAAUGUUUGGCCGAUAUGGAAGGACGAUUGUCCAAGCUGAACGAGGAAGAUGGUAAGCUAAAGGAAAAACUGGCCGAACUGAAGCAGCCUGUUGCCACUGGGGAAGGUCCUUUGCUAACCGAAGAGCAGGUGGAAUCACUUGAGAAGGAACAGCGGAAGUUGGUGUUUCUCAAACGGACAAUUUAUCAGGGUAUCAAUAAAAAUAACGUAGCGGAACUGCUGCCAGCCGUGAUGCAGAGGGACAAACUGGAGGAAAUGGUGAAUACUGCUGCGAGUAGCAUAUCCUCGUGGGACGACAUCAUUAGAGACUGAGAUCUGUGAUAACUUAAAAUGAAUGGAAAUCACACCAUGUGAUAUAAUCGAAACGAAGACCGUGCUUAAAUCGUGCAUGACAAAAUGAAGAACAU